AUGGGAUUGUUUCAGUGGCUGACUACCCUUCUGGGCGGCACUCUUGCCGUCCAGGGCGUCCUCGCCCUUGAUCUCAACGUUGAUGAUGAAGACUCCUUGAAAAGCGCAGCCAAACAGGUUGCUACCGACAUGAUCACAUACUACCACGCUCGUGACUCGAAGGAUAUCCCUGGCAAGUUCGACGGCACCUGGUGGGAGGGCGGGUCCAUGUUCAUGAUCCUUAUGUCAUAUUGGUGGUUGACCGGCGACUCCCAGUUCAACCAGGCCAUCCAGGAUGGCAUGUACUGGCAAAAAGGCGACGACAACUUCUUCCCGUCCAACUACAGUCAGUAUCUGGGGAACGACGAUCAAGUGUUCUGGGGUUUGGCUGCCAUCACCGCCGCCGAGUUCAACUUUCCCGAGCGUGCUGGCGAACCGUCGUGGCUGUCACUGGCGCAGGGUGUGUUCAAUACCCAGACUCCGCGCUGGGAUGGCAGCAGCUGUCGUGGUGGAAUGCGCUGGCAAAUCUGGCCCUACCAGAAUGGCUACAAUACCAAGAAUGCCAUCUCCAACGGCGGUCUGUUCCAGCUUGCGGCCCGUCUGGCCCUCUACACCCGCAAUGAGACCUAUGCCACCUGGGCUGAACGCAUCUGGGACUGGAGUGCCUCGACCCCGUUGCUCAAACAAAAGGACUGGAAUAUUGCCGACACGACCAGCUGUGAGUCGCAAUGCACCGACCAUGGUGACUUCCAAUGGACGUACAACUAUGCUACCUAUAUCAGCGGUGCCGCCUACAUGUACAACUACACCGACGGCGCCGCAGAGAAAUGGAAGGACGGCAUUGACGGAUUACUUCAAACAUCCAACCAGUUUUACCCAACCAAGGGCUAUGAUGGGGCCGAUGGUAACAUCCUCACCGAAAUCACCUGCGAGGAUCGCAAACUCUGCGACCGCAAUCAACUUACCUUCAAGGCCUACUUUACCACUUGGCUUGCCUAUAUGACCACCAUCGUGCCACAUACAGUUAACCUAGUAUUUCCCAAACUGAAGACUUCGGCCAUAGGCGCUGCCAACCAGUGCUCGGGCGGGGAUAACGGCAAACAUUGCGGAACUCGCUGGUACGCGCCGACCUGGGACGGCACCUCAGGCCUGGAGCAGCAGAUGAGCUGCCUCGGUGCAUUUACUUCGGUCCUUGUUCCCUUCAAGAACCAGGCCCCUUACACUGCUCAGACCGGUGGCAUAUCCAAGAGCAAUCCGAAUGCUGGUACCAAUGGUGCCAAUAACCAAAUGCCCCAGUUGAACGAUAUCAACACCAGCGACCGGGCCGGUGCUGGGAUUGUGACUGCGAUUGUUAUCACCGGCUGGAUGUUGGCCAUAACAUGGAUGAUCCGUGGUGGUUGA